AUGGGUAACUGCCUGCACAGUAAAGAAAAAAAAAAAGAAGAUAAUAAAACACAGAAUGAGAAAGAAAGAAAAAAAAGAGAACCAGAUGCAUUAAAUACCUAAUGUAAAACAGAAUCAGAUGCAUUCAAUACCUAACGUAAAACAGAAUAAAAUGUGUUAAAUACCAAAGGGAUAAAACAAACAAGUGUUGACUGUCACUUAGUGUCAUCAUAACCUUCAUAAUUUAAAAAAAACAACAUCAUGUAAUAAAAUGAUAAAAAAAGUGUUUCAUCAAAAGAUAACUUCUCAUAAAAGUAAUAAAAUAUGAUUUAAUAAGAACAACUUUUUAGCAAUCAAUUGGUCUAAGUAACAAUAAAAAGCAAAAAUUCACAAGAUGGUUUAAGUAAUCGUUAAAUAGGAUAUGACAAUAAUAAAAAGGAAUAAUAACAACAAAAUACUGCCUAAGCUUAAAGUCUAAGUUAAAUAAUUGAUCAAAAGAGAAGCACAGGAAAUAAAGGAAGUGAUAUAAUUAUAAUUAAGUAGAAUAAUAUUGAAUAAGAGAAUUAAUCAAAUGAUGAUUUUAGCUUUAUCUCAUAAACAAUAAAAAAUCAAUAAAAUAAUAAUGAAUAUGAUGAUAAAUUAAGUAAGCAAAAUUCAAUUAAUAAAGAAAAACAAAUCUAAUAAAAUCAAAAUCUUUUUUAUAGUGAUAAUGAAUUCAAGAAAAAGAAUUUUUAAUAAGAAGAAGAGAAGAAAUAAGAAAACAGCAAAAAAGAAAUUAAUGAUUUUGUUAAAGAAAUAAAGGAUUAAUCAAAUGAAGAAUUUGGCUUUAUCUCUUAAACAAUAAAAAAAUAAGAAAAUAAUGAUGAAUAUGAUGAUAAAUUAAGUUAGAAAAAUUCAAUUAAUAAAGAAAAACAAAUCUAAUAAAAUCAAAAUCUUUUUAUUAAUGAGAGUGAAUUCAAUAAAAAGGAUUUUUAAUAAGAAGAAGAGAAGAAAUAAGAAAACAGCAAAAAAGAAAUUAAUGAUUUUGUUAAAGAAAUAAAGGAUUAAUCAAAUGAAGAAUUAGGCUUUAUCUCUUAAACAAUAAAAAAAUAAGAAAAUAAUGAUGAAUAUGAUGAUAAAUUAAGUUAGCAAAAUUCAAUUAAUAAAGAUAAAAAAAUUUAACAAAAUCAAAAUCUUUUUAUUAGUGAGAGUGAAUUCAAUAAAAAGGAUUUUUAAUAAGAAAAAGAGAAGAAAUAAGAAAACAGCAAAAAAGAAAUUAAUGAUUUUAUUAAAAGUCAAAUUAAUUAACUUUCUUUGAUUGAAAAUAACUUAGCUUCAACUUAAAAGAUUCAAGCAAACACUUAAAAAGAGAUUACUAACUUUGUUAAUAAAGAUUCUUAGAAUGAAGAAUUUUAAUAAUAAUCAAGCAAAGUAGAUGAGAAUUCUAAAAUUUAGCUCAGCCAGAGCUAAAACCAAUUAUAAGAAAUUAAAAUUGCUCAUUUAAGUUCUUAACAUUCUGAAAAUGGCAAUUUAAAUCUUUUGAAUGAAUAGGAGCCAUUAAACUCUAAAGCUGUUUAGGUGAAGUAGAAUAAUUUAGAUUAAAUAAUAAAUAUUGAUAAUAAGCUAUCUGAAAAUUAAAAAAAUGAACAAUCUUUGAAAGAAAUUGAAACAGACGAAAAACAAAUUAAUAUCUCUUAUUAAGCUACAAAUUAAUUGCAUCUAAUUGAUAACAACAAACAGAUUUAAUCAAAUGUUAUUUCUAAUCAAAAAUUUUUUGAUACAAUAGAUAGCUUUUCUUCUUAAUAACAAAAGACUGAUUAAAAUAAUGUUGAUAAAUUACUAAAAAAUAAUCUUAAUAAGUCUACACAAUUUCCAGACGAAAAUUUAAAUGAUUUCAUUAACAAAUAGUAAAAUCAGGAUUCUUAAAAAACUGAAAUAUAAAUUGAAGGAGAAAAGUAAACUUAAACAAAAUAAGAAAAAGAAAUACUUAUUUAAAAAGAGGAUAACACAUAAAAUAAGUGUGUAGACUAAAUACAAGUAUAAGAUGAAGAGGAAAUAUCAUCAGACGAAUAAAUAGAAACUGAAGAAAUAUUUACUGACAAAGAAUUCCCACCACUCAUUGAAUCUAUUUCUUAUGAUCAAGUUGCUUACAUUAACUAACUCUUAGAAAAAUAAACUCCACUAGUGUUUAAAAGGGUAAAUGAGGUGAUAAAAGAUGGAAAAGUUAACUUAUUUUUUAAUGACACUACUUCUAUAUAUGAUGUCAAAUAAGGUUUGUUAGGAGAUUGCUAUUUUAUAGUCUGUAUGAUUGUGUUGUCUCAAUAUCCAAAUGUCAUCAAAUCUUUGUUUAGAAAUUAAUCAUACAAUGAAAAAGGUAAAUAUAUUCUCAACCUAAUCAAAAAUGGAAAAUCUGUUAAAGUAGUUGUUGAUGAUUAUUUGCCAUGCUACUAAGACUCAAGAGGUUUUGCUUUUGCCCAAUCACCAAAUAAUGUUGCUAUUUGGCCUAGCUUACUUGAAAAGGCAAUGGCAAAACUUCAUAAAAACUAUUUAAAUAUUGAAGGAAACAAUGAAAAUAAACUUGGUCCUAGUACUUCUGCAGUUUUAAUGCAUUUAGUAGGGUGUCCAAGCUAAUAAACUUACUUUGGUAAGGAAAAAACUAAUUCAUUUAAAGAUAUAGAAGAAGCUUGGGCUAAAAUUUUAGAAAGUUUUAAUAAAGGAUAUCUUUAAACAACAGGAGUUUCUAAAUCUGAAUUUACUGGAGAAAAAGCACUUGAUAAUGGACUUGUUGCUAAUCACGCUUAUAGUAUUAUAGAGGUCAGACAAUUUGAUAAAUUGAAACUAAUUAAACUAAAAAAUCCUUGGGCUAAAACUGAAUGGAAACUUGAUUGGUCAGAUGAAAGUACUUGCUGGACUGAAGAGCUUAAAUAAUAAGUAAAUUUAGAAGUGAAAGAUGAUGGAAUCUUCUGGAUGAGCUUUUAAGAUUUCUAUUAAAAUUUUAGCUAUGUAAAUGUAGCUUUUUUCAAUCCAAGUUACCAAUAUUCCUUUUUAGAAAUAAAAAAUGAAGAUUAUUUUGCUUUAUUUUAAUAUGACUUAUAUGUUGAAGAAGCUGGUGAAGACAUAGAAGGCAGUCUAAUUCUCAGUUAAAUAAGUGAAAGAUAUCUUCCUCGCUAAGAUCAUAGUUCUUUUAAAACUAGCUCAAUUUCUUUCUGCGUUUUUGAAAUGGAUAAAGAAAAGAAUAAACCUACAGAGCUAAAGUAUACAGUUUGCCAAAAUUCAGAAAUGAUUUUUUAAUAGGUCAAGUUAGAAAGAGGUAAAAAGUACUCAAUAGUAAUAAUCGUAGAUUUUUUAAGACCAUAUUCUAAGGAUAUUGUUCUUUCAUUUUACGGAAAUUAAAAAAUAAAUUUUUAGAAAAAAAAUUUAAUCAGAUAAGCUCAAUUAAAAAUAUUUUGUGACUAUAUAGAUACUGUCAAGGAUAUGUAACCAUAUGAUUAAAAGUGGCCAAUUUACAAAUACCAAAUUCUUAUAGGAUCAAUUUUCGUUUUUGCUAUUAGAAAUAAUACAAAUAAUUAGAGAUUUGUAAAUGAAAUUGAAUUUACAAGUUCCUCUCUUGUUACUGAGUGUUUGAAGUAUAAUGAAUCAAUCGAAUAUUAAGAAAUAGAAAAAAAUAAGUACAAAGUAAUAGUUCCCUCAGGUUAAACUUUAAAAUGGAUUUUCAAACAGUCUAGUUUUCAAUGCAAUAAUACUUAAUUGGGAAUGUCUUAAUUAUACAGAGUAUUACCAGAAAAAUUUCUCUCAGAAGAAGAGAUAGAAAAAUAAAUACCAUAAGAUAGUGAAAAGAUUUUGGUGAGUGAAGGUAUAGAUGGUUAAAUUUCAAUGCUAACAUUAAAUUUACCUCACUUUAUAGUUUAUAAGUACAUAAAUACUACAAAAGAUAAAACUUAUGUUUAACUUAUUAAAUUUGAUACCAAAAACAUGAGGUUUUUAAAUUCUAAUGAUUUUGAAAUGAAUGACGAAAGAUACCAUAAAAUUAUAGUUCCACCUUCUUCCUCUAUCUAUCUCAAAUUCGAAUCAAUGAUUAUUAAUGGUAUUGCUGAUACUAAAAUGUAACGUUCAUUCUAUCAAUACCAGCUUAUUUGA